AUGUCCUCGUCUCCUCGUCUCUCCUCGUCUCCUCGUCUGUCCUCGUCUCCUCGUCUGUUUCCUCCAUUUUAACCCUUUAAAUGAGAGUCAGACUGAAGUCUGUCGUCUUUGGACCCCAGAGCAGAUCUGUCCCCCUUUGAGUCCUUCCUUAAAGACUCUGAUGGACAGAGAUUUGAAAAUGGAUCUGCAGAUAAAUGAAGUUUUUAUCGUCUUUUAAAGAAGGUCAAGUCUUUUUAUCUUUGAGUGAUUUUAAGAAGGUUAUUCAUGCUUUUAUCUCGUCUUGAUUAUUGUAACGCUCUUUAUUUUGGUGUCAGUCAAACCUCUUCAUGGUUUACAGCUCCUUCAAAACGCCGCAGCAGCUCGUGUUUUAUCUUCUUGCCGUAAAUACGACCACAUCUCCUCUAUUUUAGCCUCUCUUCUCGGACUUCCUGUGCGUUUUAGGAUUUAAAUUUUAUUAUUAACUUAUAAAUCUUUAAACGGGCUCGCUCCUUUUUAUCUUUCUGACCUUUUAAAAUCUUAUAUUUCGUCUCGGACUCUCAGAUCCUCUGACCUUCUGACGGUCCCUAGGUCAAGGUCAAAGUUCAAGCUGAACUUUUACAGCCGACAGAUUUAAGUAAAUAAGUAAAUAAGUAUGAACGCGACAGUGUGUGUGUGUGUGUGUGUGUGUGUGUGUGUGUGUGUGUAGGGGGGGGCGGGGUCGAUGUGACAGAUUUUUAUUCUUUUUUUCAAUAAUAAUAAUUUAUUUAUUUAUUGUCAUUUUUUCGUCUCGCUGUCCGACUUUUUUUUUUUAAACUUUAACAGUGAUUUUAAAACACGAAGAAAAAGUGAAGUCAUCGUUCAUUUACAUUCAGACUCCCUCUCUCUCCCUCUCUCUCUCCCUCUCUCUCUGCCCCUCCUCCCUCCCCUCCCUCCCCUCCCCCUCUCCCUCUCUCUCUCUCCCCCUCCCUCCCUCUCUCUCUCUCUCUCAGAUUAUCUCCAUCCUCAUCCUGCCGCCGCCGUCGCUGAGAUGUGAGUACUCGUUUAUUUUUUACUCCUUUUCCUCUGAAAAUUAAAACCUCCUCUUUUCUCUUUUUUCUGUCUGUUAAAUAAAAGUAAAAACUUUAAUUCUUGAUCUAAAAAAAUAGAAAAACUUGUUUGUUUGUUCGUCUGAAGUGUCGUUUUUGUCGUUUUUGUCGUUUUUGAUCUUCUCUGUUCCUAAAUUCAUGGACUCAGUCUGGAAGUUUCUGCAGCAGUUUUUUAGUGAGUCACCUCAAAACUCUUCAUCCUCUCCUUCUUCAUCAUCAUCAUCAUCCUCUCGAUCUCCAUCUUCAUCAUCAUCAGACUGCUCUGCUGCUGAACCUUUCCGCUCUUUAAACGCUGAAAACAUGACAAAACAAAAUCAGGAGGAAGUGAGUCGAGAAAUUUAACAUUUUAGUUUUUUUAGUUUUUAGAUCCGAGUUUUUGACGAUGAGGAGGAGGAGGAGGAGGAGGAGGAGGAGGAGGAGGAGGAGGAGGGGUUUAAUCGCGUGCAUGUUUAUCUCCCUCCAUCAUGUCCCCUCUCUCUCUCUCCCUCUCUCUCUCUCUAAUCUUUCUUCAUUUUGCUCUUUGUGUGUCCAGAGAAAAGAGAAAAAAAACCUCCUGAUGUUUGAGAGUCUGAACGUCUCAGUCGUAUUAAAUCAGGUUUUAUUUCUCGUUUCUCUUAAACUGCUGAGUAACCGUCUUUGGUUUGAUGGACGGAGGCCAAACUUUGAUGAGUCAUGUUUCUGUUUCUGUUUCUGUUUCUGUUUCUGAGAUUAAAAUUCUCUUUAAUAUUCAAAGUGGACGAGCAGACGAGAGAGACACGGAGAGACAAAGACGUUUUUAUUUCUGUUGUUUUUAAAGUUCAGAAGUUUUUUCAUUUUGAUUUCAGGCUGAAUUAAAAAAACAUUAACAGGGGCGUGCUGAAGGGGGGAGGGGCCAAUCGCCCUUCUGGUUCCUUCGAAGUUCUCCUAAAGCUCCUUUCACACCGGGACAGUUUUUAUCGUGCGAUUAUUUCAGACAUCAAUAUUUUUUUUGAACCCGUAUCCUGUCAACACAAACGUCACAUCAGCAACGUUUUCCCGUCCUGAGAUAUUUCAGCAUUUAUUUUUUCGGAUCACGGUCGAUUUUUCUAAAGUUUCUCAGACUGUGUGUCAACUUCUGACCAAUCAGAUUUCGUGUUGUUGUGACGUCAGAUUCACCGGUAUAUCCAACAUGGCCGACCGUCUGAUUGUUUCCGUGUCGGAGAACAGAGUGAUUUUUGAUCAAAGACACAAACAUUACAAAGAUAACGACCUGAAGGACGACUUGUGGAGAGUCAUAGUGUCGGAUUUCUCCGAUGACGAUGGUUUGUGAGCUUUAACAGUUUGAUAAACGUCUUUGUUUGAACUUUCAUCUGUGCUAACGUAACUUUAGCUCUAAGCUAACCUGUUCAGAUACAACAGACCAUCUGUAUUUUCACUGUAAACUCAGUCACAGCUCCAUCAGGUCUCUGUUGUUCCCUUACGUUUAUGGAUUAUAGUUUAAUGUUCUUAUCUGGUUCUGACCCGACUCAGUCCAUCAUGACAGACAGACAUCUCAACACUAGAGUCUGAUCAGAACUGAGAAACACUCAGUCUGCUGUCGGAUCAGUCUUCUCGCUGAAGACCCGGGACGAGUCUUUUUCCCCGGAAAGUCGUAAAAUCACAUCAGGCUUGAUGAGUGUCGUCAGGAGCGUCAAAAUUCACCUCCAAAUGUUUUGUAAUUUCGUGUCGUAUAUUUGCUUCACUCUCGGUGUGUGAGGAACUUUACCUCCGACCUCCACCUUCAUCCUGAUCGUCUCCUAAAAGGUCGUAUCCUCCGAUCGUAGCUGAUCGUAACCAUUCAAGUUAACGUGUCAAUUUACACCGACUUCUUUUCAAAAUAAAACACGAACGACGAACAAGUGAAAGGUUUUUAGACGUCAUUUCACCCCGAUGACACCAUGGAUGAGGAGAUGCUGAUUCUAGAAGUCUAGAAGUAGAUUUCCUCCUCUGGAAGGACACAAUCUACUGCUUAUAUGUCUAUGUGUCUGUCUUUAGAGAGACAACUCGUUAUCGUGAGAUUGAGCGUGAAUCCGUUCUUGUGAGUUCUCAUGAUUCCUGCGUCUGUAAUCCGCCAUGAAAUUCGCCUCACAAACGGAUCAGGUAGGACUUGGCGGAUUGCAAAAACUGCCGCCGUUACGGAUGCGGUGAAAACGGGUUUAGAAGUGUCCCGUAGGACGUUGGGUCUUGAGUGGAGACGGACUUCAUCUUAACCUCAAACACCUCCUGACCUCCUCUGUCUCUGUGUCUGCAGGUCGACUCCAGACGCCGCAGGAAACCAAGGAGCUGCUGGAGGUGACAGUGAGGGGGGUCCUCCGGCUGCGGCCCCGAACCUGACCAGUAACAGACGACUGCAGCAGACGCAGGCGCAGGUGGACGAGGUGAGGACGCCGUCUGUGAGGCUUUUUUAAGGAGGUUCUGGACUCUUGACCUGCUACAGUUGAGAGCGUCGGUGUGCUUGUCUCCGUCAGGUGGUGGACAUCAUGCGUGUGAACGUGGACAAAGUCCUGGAGAGAGAUCAGAAGCUGUCGGAGCUGGACGAUCGGGCCGACGCGCUGCAGGCCGGAGCCUCGCAGUUUGAGAGCAGCGCCGCCAAACUCAAGAACAAGUACUGGUGGAAAAACUGCAAGGUGAGCGAGAAAACACGGACUGGAACCUCCAUGGAGGAUCGGAGCGGAUCAGUUUACGGUUUUAAAGAGUUUAUCUGUUAACAGCGAGGUCGGAGUGAAGAAACAAAUCCAUGAACUGAACUGGAGUCACAAAGUGCAUAAAAUCCAGAUUAGGUGUUUGAACACGUCUGGAUUAUGAGUGAACCAGUUUGUUUUCCUCACUCAGAGCGUUUACAGUCUCAGUUUAAUCCGACUAAACUCAUAAUUCGUCUUUUUCUCUGAAUCUUCUCUCCUCGUCUUCGUAAACAUGCAGCUGAGAAAACUGAAUUAUUGACGUGAACGUGUCCUCCUCCCCGACACUAGCUAGCCUGGCUGGACCGUCCAGUUGAGUGAAUCACUUCCUGUUCCUUCCCACAACAGUCUGGACUUCGGCCAAGUUUCCGAAAAUGAUGAGUGCGACUUUAACGAUAAAUCCACAUCAUAACGCUAAAGACCGAAGUCCUCACCUCCGAAUCCUCGUCUUCAUUGACCAGAACUUAGAAAACUGGAACAAGAAUUUUGACAAAAUACAUUUUUAGUCAAUUUUGCGUUUGAGCCAACUUUUCCUUUAACAUUUAACUGGGAACAAGAAAGAGAUUUAUUCUUCAAUUUCCUCAACGAACGACAAAAACAACGCUGUACGAUUCUGACGUCUGACACCGACCUGCUGUUGUUGUUGACGGUUGUAUGGGCUCGGAAACAGCGACCCAUAUCGCCCCCUAGUGUUGGGGAGGAGGACACGUUCACGUCAAUAAUUCAAGAGUCUGAUUGGGUGAAAAAAAUGAGUUUAAUCCGAUAAAACUGUAAAUAUUUCAGUCUUUUAUUCUGAAAUCUGACCUCCUGAUUUUUUCUCUCAUUUUUCUUAAUUAUCUUUAUUUUAUUAUUAAAUCAGUUAAAUUUAAAUAUAAAUAAACCGUCUCUGUUCUGCAGCUGUCGGCGUAAAUCCAUCAGCUGCCAUUUUUAUCCGCCUCCCCCCCUUCGUCCUCCUCCGUUUAUCCAUUUAUCAUCCAAACAACCUCAAACCGCGUCAGUCUGUUUUUAUCUCGUCAGGGCCCUGAAUUUGAUUGGCAGGAUGCUCUGUUUCACGUCAUCCAAUCGGGAGCAGCCCUGUAGAGUGGUGGGAGGGGCUAAAUCAGAGGAAGUCAUAGAGAGAGAGAGAGAGAGAAACCCCAAUGUGGAUUACAGAGUAGGUCAGGGAUUAGAGAGCCAGCUGUGAUUUAUGAUGUAACUCCGCCCACCUCCAAACACACACACACACAUUUUUAUUUCUAUACUUGUGAGGACGUUUGUGUUUAACCCUAAAAUCACCAGUUUGAGGAGCUUUAAGGUGAUUUUUGAUCCGUUUGUUGAAGUGAAACCGUUCUGCUGCUCCAAUCCUCGUUAAAACACCAGAGUGUGUCGUUAGGAGGCGGAGCUAUGGGACUAACAACGACCCUCACCGUUUGACCGUUAAAGUAAUAAAAUAAAACGAGAGGCAGCAGCAGCAGGUGAGUCUGAUCGUCACUCACUGACUCCACCUGAGCAGGUAAAGGGGGAGAAAACACACACACACACACACACACACACACACACACACACACACACACAGCUGUAACGGUAUCAAUCCGCCACUGAAAGUAGUCCCUCAGAAAUCGUAUCUAAUGCAGCGUCUUCAGGACUCCUGUUAAAACCUGAACCUGCAUCAGGACUCGGACUUUAAGAAAACCGGUUUACUCUCUCUCUCUCUCUCUCUCUCUCUCUCUGUGUCUCUGUUCGCGUUAAUCUCUCUCGCCCUCUCCCCCAUCAGAGGUGAUGUGGUCAGCAGCUCCGACUCUCAUUUCAUCAUCUGGAUUUAUUUAUGGAGCGAGCGUGCACACACACACACACACUCACUCAAACACACACACAUAUAUAUACACACACACACACACACACACUCACACACUCACACACACACACACACACACACACACACUCACACUCAAACACACACACAUAGAUAUACACACACUCACACAAACACACACACACACACACACAAACACACACACACACACACACUCAAACACACACACAUAUAUACACACACACACACACACACUCACUCACUCACUCAAACACACACACACACAGUUGAAAUGCGGCGAUAACGGAUAUUUUGGUCGGAACGUCUGAUUUGAUCAAACGUGAAUAAAAACUGUAAAAAACUGUAAAAAAAUUUAAACAGACGUUUAUUUUUCAGGAGCGCCACCUGCUGUUUAUUUUUUCAUUCUAUUUCACUAUUUUCUGUUUCUGUGUAUGAUGAACAAACUUGUAUCUCUGUUUUUACUGAUCUCCUUAUUGUCCAUGUAGAUUCUCAUUCAUCCAGGUCAGGGUUUUAGACUUUAAAGACUUUAAAACAGGAAACAGGCUCGACACAGUCCAGUUUAGGGUCCAGUCUGAGUCCGGUUUAGGGUCCAGUCUGAGUCCGGUUUAAGGUCCGGUUUAGGGUCCAGUCUGAGUCCGGUUUAGGGUCCAGUCUGAGUCUGGUUUAGGGUCCAGUCUGAGUCCAGUUUAGUGUCAGGUUUAGGGUCCAGUCUGAGUCUGGUUUAGGGUCCGGUUUAGGGUCCAGUCUGAGUCCGGUUUAGGGUCCAGUCUGAGUCUGGUUUAGUGUCCGGUUUAGUGUCCAGUCUGAGUCCAGUUUAGGGUCCAGUCUUAACCUGGUUUAGGCUCCGGUCUGGGUUUUUGAUUCUGCUGUUUUUCAUGUUUCGAUUAAAGAAUCUCGUUCGUCUCGUUUCUCCUCCAGAUGAUGAUCAUGAUGGCCGUGAUCGGAGUCAUUUGUGUCGGAGUCGUUUUCUGUGAGUUUAUUUUUCUUCGUUAAAUUUAAUAUUUGAUCUUUUCAAAGAUGUUCAUCAGUUUAAUAAAUAAACCUUUGUUUGUUUUUGUCUGUUCAGUUUAAGAUGUUUUCUAUUUUCACGCUUUUCUUCGUCUCCUUCUUCAGUGUAUUUCUUCUACUGAGCUGAUCUUCAGGGACGAGUCUGCACCUCCUCCUCCUGCAUGUGGGGAGCUGCAGUCAGGGCCUCCUCCUCCUCCUCCUCUCUGCUCCUCGUUUGUUCUGCUGAGUUUCAGGUCCAAACCUCAGACUAAAGAACUUCCUGGUUUUUCUCCAGGAGAAGCAGCUGAAGACGUUUAGAUGUUUGUUUGAAACACGAGAGACUUUAUUCUGUUCAUGUCAGUAAAUGUUCCUUUAAAACUUUAAUCAGCUCUGCAACACUCGAACCCGGGUCCAUGACCUCCGGUCUCUGUCUGUAUUCCUCAUGAACGUCGCCCCCUGGCUGUCAGUGGUGGUACUGCUCCUCAUGUAAAAUUAUAAGCUCCUCUCUGUUAUUGUGAAGCAGAAACCGACUUCUCUGUUCCUAUCAUCUCAUGGCCCCGCCCUCUUUUGUCUUGUGGCCCCGCCCUCUUUUGUCUAUCGUUUGAAAGUCUCGGGUCUCGUGUCUGACUGCUGAGUUUGUGAUCUUGUUUAUAAAGUUUCAUCGUUUGUUUUGAUCAUGGUUCAAAUAAAUUCGUCUUUAAAGGAAAA